UAGGGGCUGCCUAUAAAAGGAGGCCUGCACCUAUGAUGCCAAGCACUCUGUGUGGCUCCUCAGCUUUGGUUAAAAUGGAUCAAGGUUUGUCCCCAGUGGAAAGCAGUAUAAAUACCAUCAUGGAUGUCUUCCAGAGGUACUCUUCCACUGUGACUAUAGAACUGACCCAGGAGCAACUGAAAGAUUUUCUUGAAAAGGAACUACCAAAUUUUGUCAAGAAGUCAAAUUUUAUGCAAAACCUGUUUAAGCAAUUGGAGAAUUCGGAUCAGGAGGAAAAGUACAACCUUGAGCAGCUUUUGGCCAUGUUGGCAAGAAUAGCACAGACGUCCUAAGAGAAGAGGCACAGCAGUACCUCCCUGCACCUGCCCGCCCAGUGCUACAGGAAUGGAAUGUCACAGGCCUUGGUUGUGACCUGAGGGUCAGGGGAAAUAAAGUCUGUCUACAACAGUG